AUGCCUCCAAUUGCACAAAGAACGCUGCUUGAAAAGGGAUGGUCAUUCAAGAAAGCAACAGAUGGCCAUGAUGCUUGGAAGCCUGUGGCCAGAGUGCCAACGGUUGCCCACAUUGACUUGAUUGAAAACGGAAUCAUCCCUGACCCAUUUCUCGAUAUGAAUGAGCUCCAAGUUGAGUGGGUUGGAGAGACGGCUUGGACUUACCGCACUACUUUUGACUCGCCGUCUGCCAACAGUAGAUCAGUGUAUCUUAUCUUUGAGGGUCUUGAUACCUUUGCUCAAGUCAAGCUCAACGAUAUCGUCAUACUCGAGAGCGACAAUAUGUUUCUCAGCCACCGUGUGGAUAUCACUAACAAGCUUUGCAACGAGGGCACCAAUUUGUUGUCCAUCGACUUUGACAGCGCACUACUCAAGGCCAGGGAGAUCACAAAGCAAUAUCCUGAUCAUCGAUGGGAGCUCUUCAAUGGAGAGGCUGGACGCUUGGUUGUAAGGAAAGCUCAAUAUCACUGGGGAUGGGACUGGGGUCCAGUGCUUAACACCGCCGGUCCAUGGAAGCCAGUCUGGCUUGAAGUGUCAUCUGCCCACAUAAAUAACUUCCUCAUCAAUUACAGUGUUUCCCCAGACCUCGAAACGGUUCAAGGUACGGUGGAAAUCGACGUUGAAGGGCAUCAUGACACGGCAAAUGUCUCUAUCCGCUUUCAAGACAAUGUCGUUUGCGAUACUGCAGCAGCCAAGUCUUCCAGCGGCCGUCUGGUUGUCCCUUUUGCUAUAGAUCACCCCAAGCUGUGGUAUCCUGCUGGAUACGGUCACCAGUCUCAGUACACCGUGAGUGUCAGCAUCGUCAAAGAUGGUCAGAAACUGGAUGCAAAGACCAAGAAGACUGGCUUCCGGAGAAGCGAACUUGUGCAAAAGGGAGACUCUCACGGGAAAUCGUUCUUUUUCAGAAUCAACAAUAUCGACGUCUUCUCCGGUGGCUCGUGCUGGAUUCCGGCCGAUAACUUUCUACCUCGAAUCACUGCUUCCAAAGUUUGGGGCGGCGGCAUCUACGAGGACGAUGCUUUCUAUGACUGCUGCGAUGACAUGGGCAUUCUUGUGUGGCAGGACUUCAUGUUUGGCUGUGGAAACUAUCCUGUAGGGCCAGAACUCAUCCGAUCGGUUCGCGAGGAGGCAGUGCAGAACGUCAGUAGACUGCAUCACCACCCUUCUGUCGUGAUAUAUGCCGGCAACAAUGAGGAUUACCAGGUUCAAGAGCAGGCAGGUCUCGAGUACAAUCCAGACGACAAGGAUCCUUCUUCUUGGCUCAAGUCUUCUUUUCCUGCUCGGUACUACUAUGAGCAUCUCUUACCAGAGGUAGUCAGUGAGGUAUCUCCAGGGAUGACAUACUGGCCUGGAUCACCAUUCUCUGGAGGCAAAGACACUACAGACAAGACUACCGGAGAUCUCCAUCAAUGGAACGUUUGGCAUGGUACGCAGGAGAAAUACCAGGUCUUUGACAGGCUGGGUGGCAGGUUCAACAGCGAGUUCGGUAUGGAAGCCUUCCCGGCCUUGUCGACGAUUAAGCACUGCAUCACUGAAGAGUGCGACCGUUUUCCGCAGUCUCAGAUGAUGGAUUUCCAUAAUAAGGCAGAUGGUCACGAACGACGCAUCGCUACUUAUGUGGUCGAGAACUUUCGCCCUCUUCCAGAUCUAGAGUCUCACAUAUACUUGACGCAGCUUUGCCAGAGCGAAGCCAUGACUUUUGCGUACCGCAGCUGGCGUCGCCAAUGGGGAGACGAUCGUAGAUGCGGCGGUGUUCUCGUCUGGCAGAUGAACGAUUGCUGGCCCGCCAUCUCAUGGUCCAUCGUUGAUUACUUUCUCACAAAGAAGCCAGCAUAUUACUCCAUUCGUCGAGCCCUCAAGCCCAUCGCUGCGGGUGUUCAACGACAACACCACGACUGGAGUGUCGUUCAUGCAAGGCCAGCGAAGGCUUCUUCAUUUGAAGUUUGGGUUGCAAGCAACAAGCAGGAGGAGAUUACUGUCACUGUUGAAAUUCGCUUCAUUUCGAUCAAGACUGGCAGUGAUAUCAGGGAUAAAGUCGUCAAGGCCAACACGGUUUUGAUCCCGAAUGGGACGACUGACAUCCUGACUGGACAGAUUGACAAUGUAAAGGAUGAGCCACAUGUCAUAUCUGUGCGUGUUUUUCAGGGCGACACUUGUGUCUCACAAGACGUUGAUUGGCCUCAACCUCUCAAGUAUCUUGACUUCUCCGACAGAGGUGUUGAGGUUCAGGUUGGGCCAGAUGGGUAUCAACUCACGGCCAACAAACCCACCAAGGGCCUAGUCUUUGAAGAGCUUCCCGGUAUCUCCCUAGAAGACAAUUGCAUAGACCUGAUGCCUGGCGAAGUUGCUACUGUAAAGGUCAAGGGAGGCGUGAUGUUAUCUGGAGUCCCAAAAUACAGAUACCUACGUUGA